GGUGCUCCUGUUGUUGGAAGCCAGUGGCGCCUGGUGCUUUGCUGUGAUACGUUAGCGUUAUUGCAGGUGGGAAUAGUGUUCAUGAGGAUGCCAGUCUGGAUACAAAAGUGCUUUCAUUGGGGAAGAUGGAGCUAGUGAGGCCCCAGGUGAUGCUUCUGAGAGCUGGAAGAUGGUUGUUUGGUGUGAAGAGACCCGCAACUGCAGAACUUACUCCCAAGUGUAUGUAUGCAGUUCCCACAGAUCUGCUCCUGCAGACGUCCCUCCAGCUCUCUGCAUUUCUGUGGCCACAAGGCCAAGGGCUGCAAGUGGAUCAGACUGGCAGUGUCCUGAGAGGCGGAGCAAAUGGAGGAGUCAAGCGCUAUUAAAUUAGCAGUGAAUUGAGGGGAAACCUGCCUAAUUGGCACAAGUGACUCCAAGACCCCCUGUCACACGCUACGAAUGAGUGAGCCAGGAUGGCUGGGGCAUGCCCUUCGCUCUUGCCCUCUCAUGCCUAGUGCAUGGGUGAUCAUUCUUUGCAUUUACUAGUUCCCAGAGAUGUUGUCAGUUGCCCUGUGCUCACCAGAGUGAACUGGCAGAGGAUGGAGUGACCAGCAGCAGCUUGGUGAAGGGUUCUCCUCUAGAAACUGGAGUGCAACUACCGUGAAGAUGGAGAAUACAAAUGUCCUCAGCCUGAGCAGCCCUGCACCAGGGCCUGCCACAGCUGGAUCUGUAGCCUGAUAGCACAGGGCCUGUUUCUGGAGUGAGUGAGCGCUCGUCUUGGCCACAACAGGCUGCUCCUGUUAAGAUCUCUCAUGAAACUCGAUGCAAAGGUGCUCGCUCAGCUGUCCUGCAAACUACAGGUGCAGCCUUCUCUGCCCCUCCAGGAGAGCCCUGCCACAGGCAGCAGAGCCCCCCUCUCUGCUUGCUGAAGUAUCCCCAGGGUGGGAUGUGAGGAGAGCAGGGGGGGGAUAAAUGGUCUUUUGACCCCUGGCUCCCAAGGAACUGCAGCCACCAGCCCAGCCACGGAGCAUCGCAGCCCUGGGUCGCUGGUGAAUGGGGCAUGCAAGCGCUGAUGGGAAAGCACUAGUCGUCUGGCCACACGGAGUCUCUGAGGGGGCCCAGGCUGUAGCCUCUUCCAGGCAGAAAGCUUGACUGUUCUCGCCUUGUUCAGCCCGAUGCCAGGAGCCGAGGACGCUGGUCACUUGUUGCUGUCAGCAGCAUGCCUGGGGCCUGAGCAGAGGUAGCACCCUGAGGAGCCUGACUGUCUGGAGCGAGGUUUGGCGGGGAUGGGGAAGCUGCCCCAUCCGGGCUGGUGAGCCCCACAGUGGUGGUGUCAGCUCCCCAAAGGAUGUCAGCGUCCUCUCUGAAAGCCACUCUCCAUGCAGCCUCCCAGUGCACAGUGGUGAUGGCGCUGCCAGGCUUCUCAUGGACCGUACUUCUGCUGCUCUGUACCCUGGAGCAGCUGGGGGCUCUGGCCAUGCACACAGAGGCCGAGGGGCCAGGCCUGGAGCAGCCGGGCGCCCUGGCCAUGCACACGGAGGCAGAGGGGCCAGGCCUGGAGCAGCCGGGGGCCCUGGCCAUGCACACGGAGGCAGAGGGGCCAGGCCUGGAGCAGCCGGGGGCCCUGGCCAUGCACACGGAGGCAGAGGGGCCAGGCCUGGAGCAGCCGGGGGCCCUGGCCAUGCACAUGGAGGCAGAGGGGCCAGGCCUGGAGCAGCCGGGGGCCCUGGUCAUGCACACGGAGGCCGGGGGGCCAGGCCUGGAGCAGCUGGGGGCCCUGGCCAUGCACACGGAGGCCGGGGGGCCGGGCCUGGAGCAGUCAGGGGACAGCAUGCUGCUGGCAGGUGGACGUGUGAAGCGCGGCUGGGUGUGGAACCAGUUCUUUGUGGUUGAGGAGUACACGGGCACGGAGCCGCUCUACGUGGGAAAGAUCCACUCGGACUCGGAUGAGGGGGACGGGUCCAUCAAGUACACCAUCUCCGGGGAGGGCGCAGGAACAAUCUUCCUGAUUGACGAGGUCACAGGCGACAUCCAUGCCACCGAGCGCCUGGACAGGGAGCAGAAGACGUUCUACACGCUGCGGGCGCAGGCCCGGGACCGCCAGACCAACCAGCUGCUGGAGCCUGAGUCUGAGUUCAUCAUCAAGGUGCAGGACAUCAACGACAGCGAGCCCCGUUUCCUGGAGGGGCCCUACAUUGGCAGCGUGGCCGAGCUGUCCCCCAUAGGCACGUCCGUGAUGCAGGUGAUGGCAUCAGAUGCCGAUGACCCCACGUACGGCAGUAGUGCCAGGGUGGUGUACAGUGUGCUGGAAGGGGAGCAGCACUUCACAGUGGACAGUAAAACAGGUGUGAUCCGGACGGCAGUGGCGAAUCUGGACAGAGAAACUCAGGACCGAUAUGAAGUGGUGAUCCGAGCCACGGACAUGGCAGGGCAGCUUGGUGGCCUGUCUGGAUCUACCACAGUGACAAUUGUGAUCACAGAUGUCAACGACAACCCUCCACGAUUCCCACAGAAGAUGUACCAGUUCAGCAUUGUGGAGACUGCCCUUGUGGGCACUGCGAUCGGGAGAGUGAAGGCGGAGGACUCGGAUGUGGGGGAGAACACAGACAUGAUGUACCAGAUCAAAGAUGAGGAGGGGGUGCAGAUGUUUAAAGUCACCACAGAUAGCAACACCCAGGAGGCGAUCAUCACCGUGCAGAAGCCCCUUGACUAUGAGGCCAAGAUGGUUCACACUGUGGUGGUGGAGGCCCUGAACAAGUUUGUGGACCCAAGGUUUGUGGAUCUGGGCACGUUCCGAGAUCAAACCAUUGUGCGGGUCUCUGUGCUGGAUGUGGAUGAGCCCCCAGAGUUCCGGCCCCCCUCCGACCUGAUGGAAGUCCAGGAGGAUGCCUAUGUUGGCUCUGUGGUGGGAGUGGUCACUGCCCUGGACCCCGAUGCUGCAAACAACCCUGUCCGAUAUGCCAUCGAUCACAACACCGAUCUGGAGAGGAUCUUUGACAUUGAUGCAAACACAGGCACCAUUGUGACAGUCAAAGUCCUGGAUCGGGAGACGGCAGGGUGGCACAACAUCACGGUCCUGGCAAUGGAAGCAGACAAUCGUUCUCAGAUGUCUAGAGCAUCUCUGCAUAUCCGAAUCCUGGAUGUGAACGACAAUCCACCCGUGCUGGCCAUGCCAUACGAGGCUGCGGUAUGUGAAGAUGCCAAACCCGGCCAGCUAAUUCAGACAAUAAGUGUCGUGGAUCGUGAUGAGCCUCAGAGUGGCCAUCGCUUCUACUUCACACUGGCCUUGGAAGCCACCAACAACCACCACUUUUCUCUGCUGGAUAUCCAGGACAACACAGCCGCGGUGCACACGCAGAGAGUGGGAUUUAACCGCCAGGAGCAGGACAUUUACUUCCUUCCCAUUCUGGUGGUGGACAGUGGGCCUCCUGCCCUGAGCAGCACGGGGACUCUGACCAUCCGGGUGUGUGGUUGUGACAGCACAGGAGCCAUCCAGUCCUGUAACAGCACCGCCUAUGUCAUGUCAGCAACGCUGAGCCCCGGAGCACUCAUUGCACUCUUGGUUUGCAUCCUCAUCCUGAUCGUGCUGGUUCUCCUAAUCCUCACUCUGAAGCGACACCACAAGAGCCACCUGACAUCAGAGGAGGAUGAGGACAUGAGGGACAAUGUCAUCAAGUACAAUGAUGAGGGGGGUGGGGAGCAGGACACUGAGGCCUACGACAUGUCGGCCCUACGCAGCCUCUAUGACUUCAGUGAGCUCAAAGGCAGCGACGGCGGGGGAGGGCCGGGAGAUGGGGGCAUGACUAGUAACCUGCCCUCCGAGCUCCAUGCCCUCCCACAGUGGUUCCAGAACCCAGACCUGGACUUCUCCAUGUUCAGAGACUACAUCAGCAGGAAGGUGGAUCAGGCAGAUGAGGAUCUGUCUGUCCCACCAUACGACUCGUUCCAAACCUACGCCUUCGAGGGCUCAGACUCCUCUCUCCCGUCCUUGAGCUCCAUCAACACCUGGUCCACCAGCUCAGAACAGGACUUCUCCUAUCUGAGCAGCUGGGGGCCACACUUCCGGCAGCUGGCGGCUCUCUACACCGGGCGUAAAGGUGAGGAGGAGAGCGAAGAAUCCUAGCCACAAUUAACCAAAAACCCACAAUGAGACGGAGACAAUGAUUUACGGACUAGGGGAUUCUCCAGGCUUCCCAUGUCUUCGAGGGCUGCUGCGGAAGCAAGCUCAGGUCAAACAAUAAGGACAAUAUGUCAUCUAGAUAGCAGAGUCCCUGCACUACACACCCUGGCAUGGAAGGAGAGGCAUCAAGGACCAUUUUGGACAGGGCGAGUGAUGGCUUUAUGAUGUGCUCUUCGUUAUCCGCCUCUCAUUAGAGGCUCUGUAGCACACACACAGCGAGGCUGAAGUGCCCAAAGGAGCUGUUGUUACCAUCCUAAUCGCUUUCAUAGCAAUCUCCAUUAAAGCAUUCCAUGUUAAUUUAAGAAAGAGAAAAUCUAAUUCAAGAAAAUUCGGACGGGAUUUUCCCCCACAAAUUAUCAUUUAAAUCGAUCAGUCCAAUGAGCCCAGUUAAGGAGAGGAAGAAAGAAAGAGAAGCCUUUUGUUGUCUAAAUUGUUUUUGUCACUUGAUUCAGAGCAUUUGAUGUGCUUUGAUUUUUAAGAGCUUUCCUUGCAGAACGAAACCAGCUUUUAACUUUUGUUCUGUUUUCUCCCCCUUAUAUUUACAGACUUUCCUUGUAUUUCAGUCCCUCUAGCUGUGGCAAGCUGGUGUUUCUGUGCAUAAUCCCAGCUGCUUACACUCAGCGGAGCAGUUUACGUUUGCUGAGUUUUGGAGGUCCUGGGUGCUAGUUCCUAGGUCAGGUCCUUUUAAAGAGAGGUUUUUACAUUAGGGUCAAACAUACUUUGCUUCUGGGCUUGGGUUUCACCUCAUGGUUUUUAUUAGAAUUUUCCUAUCCAUUUUUGCCAUGUAUCACAGAUAUUUGUGUUUAUGCCAACAUCUACCCCUCCUGCUUAAUGCACAGUGAAGUCAUUGUUCUGAGGCUCUGGCAUCCCAAUGAUCCCCAUGGCAACAAACUGUGAUAUCCCUAAUACAGGAUUAUGACUGUGGCUGGACUGUGGGCAGUGAUGCUGAAAUGUGAAGGAGGAAGCUCUCGAGCCCAUGUCGUAGAGGUAACAGUAGAGGGAAUGCAACGCAUCCCUAGAGGACAGCGCUUUGUGUGGGAAGUUCUCAGUCAGCCCCAGGGCCUGAUGUCUCAUGUUCGUAUGGGUUGCUGUGUACACUCUCACAGGCACAGCACUUCAGCCGGCCUGCUGCAGCAUCCCCAAAUGAGGUAGCCUGGAUGGCUGAGGAGGGAGUGAGCCUCCUUGCCCUAUUCAGUUCUGGAGCCACAGUCUGCAACCAACAAGAGUGGCAAGUAGUGCCAGCUGCAUUUGUGGGUGCGAGGUGGAUGCGCUUUCCAGCAGGCACGGGCCUGACAACACUAACGACUCAUUUCACCUCAGCCACUGAAUGUCAGUCAGUUGAUCACAGCCUUUGAUGACAAGUCCACCCCAGCUCUGGGAGCAGGCCUUGUGGAGGUGCCAGACACCACGCGCCAUCAGCAAAGCCAAGCCACGCUAUCCCCCAAACCCAGCUUUUUGUUGUUGCUGUUGUUGCAAGUUUGCCCUAGAGUGAAAGUCCCUUCAGGUUUCCACAGAAACUGCUGGCCGAAGAGUUCUGUUUAUAUUUCAGGGCGAGCAGGGGGCUUUAGGAAAACUUACCUGACAGUGUGAGCCAUCGGUCCCCAAGGGGGUGGUCAAAGUAUGAGCACAAUGUAGUACCAGGAAACAUAGGAUGAUUAAUUCGGAGCUGCCUGGCAAAGAGCAGUGCUGGACGGUGAGAACUGGGGUCAAUGAGGUGUAAAGCAGAGGCUGUCCGAAUGCCAUGGUCCUUGAAAUGGCAUUUGAGGGACAUGCUGGGUAUCGCAGGGAUGUCUUCAGAUCAGUGACAUUCUCCGAGUAAAUCCCAGCUAACGUUUCGGAGUCCUGUUCAGCAGGGCACACAAGCAGCUUCUUGUGUAGUGCUGGCUACAGCAGCUUAUCUGCUGAUAUGGGAAAAAUCAAUGUUGUAAUUGAUACAUAACUGAUAAGGCCUGCCAAGGCUUGUCAUAGUCAUUGGGUUUGUCCCCUUAGCCUAGCCAUAGUGUUUUCUAUCCCAGUUGCCAAUUCUUUGGAGACCGUAUUUGAAUAUAAAUGUAUGUGCAUGUUCAUUUCAUAUUGUGUUCUGUUUUCCAGUAGCUUGUAUUGCUCUGAGCUGCAGAGAAAGCCCCAUGCUGUGGUAUGGAGGGGGCUAGAAGGACAUGUUAGAAAAAUAAUAGUCUCUGCCUGUUGUUCCUGCAACAACAGGUUCCCCCUCCCCUGGUGCAGCCACUCAAGGCUCACAUGCUAUUGAGCAUCUGAGUCCCCAGCUCAGGUGUUUUUGGGAGACUCCCAAGCCAGCCGGAAUUCAGCAUUUAAACUUUGAACAAGCAGAGUUGCUCAUCUCUCUGGGUCUCAGUAUGGCUACAAAGGCUGGAGGAGCUGCCCCUAUCUUGGUAUCUGUGCAAGUCUCUCAUGUCCUGGAUGCCACACAUUGUCUUGUUAGUCCUUUACUGUGAUUUUUCCCCACUGAUUUUAGAGAAGCAGCCAGAUAAAUGGCCUGUUUUGUUUACCAGGCAGUCAGACAGGCUUUACUCGGUAGCUGUUCCUCCUGCCCCCAAAGCAUCGCCUUUGAGCACGCUCAGUCACUCCCAGACAAUGCCACCAAUCCAGGAGUAAGAGAAUGGAGAAAGGCCUCUCUUUCCUCAGGAACUUUUUUGUGUUUUCCCUCUGGGACAAUGAACCACUCUGCCCAAUCCCCUGCUGAACUGGUCUUUGCUUUAGGAAGGGCCUCAUGCAAUUGCCAGGGAUUGUCUAAGCAGAGGAUGCAGUUUUACAGGGUAUGUAUUCUGAAUUACCAAACUGGCUUCCACUUAUGCAUCCUGAACCAGCCAACCCCUCCCCAACACACACAACCUCUUCUGCAUUUUUAUUUUUAAUUCCAUCUGAAAAUGCAAUGGUCUGGAGCAGCCCAGCUCAGCUCCUGUCUGGUAUCAGGUUGGGAGGUGCCCAGGCAACCCUGCUGGCUUCACUCCCACACCACACCGUGCUCAUGAGCACCCCCUACAGGAAGGAGCUGGCAGACUGUUUGGGUGUUUGAUGGCGUCACUUUGCUUUUUUCCCUCUAUCCAAACAAAAUCAGGAGGUUGAUUUUCUCAUCCUUGUUAUAUUGUCAAGGUCUUUUUAGA